GUCGCCGUGGCUGAUGGAAAGAUAACUUUGCCAUGUAACAUCACUCCUUCCAUAAUGGAAGACACCUUGGAACUGGCCUUGUGGUACAAAGAUGACUCCGCUAAACCUAUUUAUAGCUUAGAUGGAAGAACUGGAAAUGUACGCCAAGCACGGCACUCUUCCUCCAAAUCUCUGUCGGGCAGAGCCUACUUCAGUACGGUGGACAGACCAGCUGUCCUCGUCAUAGAUCCUGUCAUACCCGAAGACGAGGGAAGUUACAGAUGCCGAGUGGAUUUCCAUCGAGAGCGAACGAGACAUUUUGAGCUGUACGUCAUGGUUAUUGUGCCUCCUACAGAAAUUGUAAUAAAGAACCAGAAAGGAGAGAUCUUAGAAAACGUAAUUGGCCCAUUAAACGAAGGAGAAACGUGCCUAUUAAUAUGUGAGGUGACUGGAGAAUAUAUUUUUGGACCAAACGCCUCAAAAUACUACAGUUUCUUGUUGUCAGGUAAACCUUCACCGUUGGUAACGUGGUGGAAAGACAACAUUCUAUUGGAUGACAGUUAUGAGACGACCUCUAGUGGCAGAGUUCGAAACGAGUUAAUUAUUCCGGAGCUGAAGAGACAUCAUCUGAUGGUAGUGCUAAUGUGUCAGGCUGUUAAUAACAAUAUAUCUCUCCCUCUAUCGGCCUACGUCACGCUCAACAUGAAUUUUAGGCCCUUGACUGUAACUAUAAAGCAGAAAGGACUGCCCUUGUCUUCAGGGAAAAUGGUCCAGCUUGAGUGCCGCACCUCAGGCUCACGUCCUCCGGCAGAAAUCACAUGGUGGAAAGGGUCAACACAGCUGAGAUCCACUAAAAAUCGCACUAACAAAGAUGAGACUUUGACCACUAGUUUCCUCACCAUACGGUCUUCCAUGGAGGACAACGGAAAGUACUUGUCUUGUAAAGCUGAAAAUCGUUUAAUACAGGAUAGUACCAUAGAAGACGGCUGGGUGCUGGAAGUGUACCAUCCACCGGAACUUACGUUAAGACUCGGCAGCAAGCUACGUCACUCUCACAUCCAGGUCGGAAAUGACGUGUACCUAGAGUGUAACAUUAGGGCUAAUCCUUGGGUGACCGAAAUAGGCUGGAAGUUUGAAGGACGCGAGCUCCAGACCGACACAACCGUGGGUGUCAUUGUCAGCAAUCAGUCCCUGGUUUUACAAAAAGUACAACGCUCCAGCAGAGGGCGCUAUAUGUGUUUUGCAAAAAACUCCGAGGGCUUAGGGGAGAGUAAUGUCUUACACUUACGUGUUCAAUGUAAGUAGCAAACUUUGUUGUACAAGUUAGUUUUACGUUGCUUCUUCUGUUAUAGAAUUCAUGUUCAUUCAUUCCAAAAAACAUCUUCAAGUUGCUCUUAGCUGUUCAGAAAGAUACAUCACUAUCUGUGAAUAGAACAUAAAACUGGACAUGUAUGUGGUUCUGAUGUUUAGGUAGAAACAUGAGUUCUUAUGAAUAGAACAUAAAACUGGACAUGUAUGUGGUUCGGAUGUUUAAGUAGAAACAUGAAUUCUUAUGAAUAGAACAUAAAACUGGACAUGUAUGUGGUUCGGAUGUUUAAGUAGAAACAUGAAUUCUUAUGAAUAGAACAUAAAACUGGACAUGUAUGUGGUUCGGAUGUUUAGGUAGAAACAUGAUUUCUUAUGAAUAGAACACAAAACUGGACAUGUAUGUGGUUCGGAUGUUUAAGUAGAAACAUGAAUUCUUAUGAAUAGAACAUAAAACUGGACAUGUAUGUGGUUCGGAUGUUUAGGUAGAAACAUGAUUUCUUACGAAUAGAACACAAAACUGAACAUUUAUUUGGUUUGGAUGUUUAGGUAGAAACAUGAUUUCUUACGAAUAGAACACAAAACUGAACAUUUAUUUGGUUUGGAUGUUUAGGUAGAAACAUCAUUGUC